UUCGAAUGCUGCAAAUGAAGAUUUAAAUUUAGAAAAAAUGACAAAGGCCUUAGAAAAUGGCGGUGCUUUCCCGAGCGAUAUAAACAACGAAGAUAAUCUUUCUCAAAGGCGAAGCACUGUAGGAAUGGCUAUUAGUUCUUUUACUCAGCAAACGCUCAAGAAAAUGGAUUGCGGAAUAAUUCAAAGCGAAAAUAUGCAAUUGAAGUUAUACAACAAAUUGGAUUACGUUAUUAAUGAAGGCAUGAUUGACUCAGUGCUAUCCUUUAUAUGUCCAAUACCAGUCCCGGCAUCUUUUCACCAUCAUACAAAAUCUAAACAAAAAAUUAAGGAACCACUUAUUCCUAAAGUUAUACCUAUGGAUGCGAAUAAUUCAGACCAGGCGAAUAAAAGUCACCCAGUAACUCAUAAAACUGAGUGCACUAUUGCAGCAAAUGAACCCAGUUGCCAGACAGUUCUUCACUAUGCUAUACCUAUGAAGAAGUUGGUGACGACAAAAAGAGAUAAAAAGGAAUCAGAAGUCGUUAUUCACGUAUGCGAUGAGGUUAAAAAUAUCACCAGGGACUUUAUUUGCUCGCAGAGAUUACUAGUAAAUAAAAUGGGAUACUUUGCCGAGGUUACAGCCGGACAAAAACUUGAGGAAGUGGAUAUUUCGGUGCAUUGUGACAUACAGAUAUUUGACUGGCUCAUAAAGUGGAUGAAAUUAACAGAUUCUGCAGAAAUAACUGGUUGUAGAAAAACUGUUUUUGAAGGCUCAGAAAAUUUACCACACCUAGAUGCAAAUAACGUGAUUCCGAUAUUAGUAUCUGCGGGAUUUUUACAACUUUGAUUUAUAUGUCUUUGGAUAAAACAUUAUGGUGCAUUUACAUGAUAUGAAGC